AUGUUGGCAAAGCACACAUUCCGCCAGAUCGCCUCGAGCGCUCUUGGUCGAGCCGGUAGAAAUGGGGUCGCAACCGCAAGAUCCUACCGGGCAGCUUCUCAUUCAUUCUUUCAGGAGCAACAAAGCGUGCUGCCGAACAAUCUGGAUCCGUCAUCGGACGAGUUCCUGGCCAACAAGGCUUAUAUGGACGGUCUGGUGGAAACUCUCGAUGCCGCACAUGCAAGGCUAGCGCUUGGCGGUAGCGAAAAGGCGAGGGCACGACACGUCGCUCGCGGCAAAAUGCUUCCUCGAGAACGUGUUGCUGCUCUUCUAGAUCACGGAUCACCCUUUGUCGAGCUUUCGCGCAUGGCUGCUUACGAGAUGUACGGCGAUGACGAGAUUCCUGGCGCGGGCGUGAUCUCUGGAAUCGGACGUGUUUCAGGCACCGAAUGCAUGAUCGUCGCCAACGACCCCACCGUCAAAGGAGGAAGCUACUAUCCAAUCUCGGUCAAGAAACAUCUUCGAGCACAGACGAUUGCGCGAGAGAAUCGACUUCCAUGCGUCUACCUCAACGAGAGCGGCGGUGCUGCGUUGCCCCACCAGGCUGACGUGUUUCCAGACGAGAACCACUUCGGUCGCAUUUUUUACAACAUGGCUCAGAUGUCGGCGCUGGGCAUUCCACAGAUCUCGGUGGUGCACGGCAUCAGUGUAGCCGGAGGUGCCUAUGUACCAGCGAUGGCCGAUGAGACCAUCAUUGUGCGCAACCAGGGCACCAUCUUCCUCGCCGGACCUCCGCUGGUCAAGGCAGCUUUGGGAGAGGUCGUUGACGACGAGACGCUCGGAGGAGGCGAAAUGCAUUGUAGCGAAUCAGGUGUCACGGAUCACCUCGCUGUGAAUGAUGCCCAUGCCAUCACGCUAGCUCGAGAGGCCGUGGCCCACCUGGGUCUAUGUGGACGCUCGAAUGAUGCACUUGGCGAUGCCUCGUUUGAUCAGCCCUUGUACAACGCUUCCGAGCUGCACGGCAUCAUUCCCGAAAAUGCACGCAAGCCGUUCGACAUUCGCGACAUCAUCUCACGCUUGGUGGAUGGCUCCCGCUUCCACGAGUUCAAGAAGCUGUACGGCAAUACCAUUGUAACCGGCUUCGCCAAGAUCGCGGGCCAAGACGUCGGUAUCAUUGGCAACAACGGGGUCUUGUUCGGAGAGUCGGCCAAAAAGGCGACCAGCUUCAUCCAUCUGUGCAACCAGCGACAGACGCCGCUCGUCUUCCUGGUCAAUGUGACCGGCUACAUGGUCGGCACCAAAGCCGAACGUUCAGGUAUUGCCAAGGACGGUGCCAAGAUGGUGCGAGCGGUAGCAUGUGCCAAUGUUCCCAAGUUCACUGUGAUCGUGGGUGGCAGCUUUGGCGCAGGUAACUAUGGCAUGUGUGGCCGAGCCUACAGUCCUCGCUUCCUGUGGAUGUGGCCGAAUGCACGUGUGGGUGUGAUGGGCGGAGAACAGCUGAGCCAGGUGAUGGGUACGGUGAGUAGCGAUAAGUCCAAGCAACAGGGCCUACGAGACAGGAUCGAGAAGCAGACGCUGCCCGAAUACGCCAGUGCGCGUCUUUGGGAUGACGGCAUCAUCCGGCCUCAAGACACCCGCAGCGUCUUGGCGCUGGGACUCAGUGUGGCUAACACGGGCAGAUGGAGGAGCGCGCAGCGUGGCGAUGCCGGUGGCUCUCGACACCCUGCAUGGGACGGCAAUAACUAUGGAGAUGGCGUCUACCGAAUGUGA